AUGACUACGAACGCCCCCCGGCGUGUGCUUAUGCUUCACGGGUACGCUCAGAGCGCCACAAUAUUUGGCAAGAGGAUGGGAGCUGUUCGUAAGACUUGUGGCAAAGACAUAGAUUUCGUAUUUAUCGAUGGCCCCCUUGUGCUGUCCCCUGUUGACAUCGCUAAGGCCUUCUCUACGUCAGUCGAGGAAUCGGGGGCAUCCGAAGCAUCAACCCAGGAUCCCGCAUUAGCUCCUCGAGGAUGGUGGAGAGCCGAACCUGGAUCACGGCAGACGUUUGGGCUAGAAGACUCUCUUACCCUUCUCCGAGAUGUGCUGCAAAAAGAUCAUUAUGAUGGAGUUUUUGGAUUUAGCCAGGGAGCCGCCAUGGCUGCACUCCUCGCUGCCUUGCUCGAGAGACCUGAUGUGUAUCCUCCUUUCCUGGUCAACGGACAAGCCCCUCAUCCCCCAUUUCAAUAUUGUGUGUCUGUGGCGGGUUUCCGCCCCACGGGUCCCUUGUGCGACAGCAUUUUCCAGUCGUCCUAUGCUACGCCGACUCUUCAUAUACUCGGGAAAACUGACAUAGUCGUCACCGAGGAGCGAUCGAAGCACCUGCUGGAGCUGUCCACGAACAAGCGCGUCGAAUACCACGAUGGGGGUCAUUUUGUCCCGUCAAAGGCCAACUGGCGCAAUUUCCUUCGCAGUUACCUCCGCGGUCCUCUUGGGGAUGUACCAUCUCCGUCUCCAAUGUCACAGCCUGCGUCUGGUGUAGCGACGCCCUUGUCUGAAGGCCUGCCUGCGACCCACGAGGUCUCAUGA